AUGACUUGCGCGUUUGAUACAGCUGCAUUCAGUACGAAACACAUUAUCUGGCGGAUUAACCAGCAACUAGAGCGCAUCAUUCUGGGGGGAGUCUCGAAAGUGGAACACUGGAAGGGGGUUCGUGUCCUACAUCCUCUGCUGGCUGGCCGUAGGCCAAAAAGAAGAAUAACUAGAGCCUCCAAAAUUUGCUGGGCGGUACCUAGGCCCAACUGUAUGAAAGUUAACACCGAUGGGGCUUACUCAGCUACAAGGUACAUUGCCGGAGGGGGAGGAGUAAUUAGAGAUGCAGACGGCAGGCUGAUCUUCACCUUCAGUGACUCUUUUGCGGCUUUGUCCAGUCUCGAGGCAGAAUUCAAGGCCUUUGAACAAGGCAUCAUUGCGGCGGUCAGAUUCGGGAACAAUAUCUGGAUGGAAACGGAUGCUACGUCAAUCGUUCGGAUUAUAACAUCGGAAGAGCAGGUCCCUGCAGAAAUUAGACAUUCCAUUCGCCGUAUCAAGCAUCUGUGCAAAGGGCUUAACAUCAUGGUUUCAUACAUAGCCCGAGAAGGAAAUAAACCAGCGGACUUCCUCGCUGAACGUGGCUUAGAGGAGCAAGGAAGAAGCAAUUUUGAUCAUAUCACAGCACCGGCUCGACUGAAAGUUAUGGUAGAAAUGGAAGCAAACAGAGUCCCAAAUUUCCGAUUUCAGUCAAGGUGGUCAGAAGAAUAG